AUGGUCUCAGUGACGAUGGCCACUUCUGAGUGGAUCCAGUUCUUUAAGGAAGCCGGCAUUCCUCCGGGACCUGCUGUCAAUUACGCUGUGAUGUUUGUGGAUAAUAGGAUCCAGAAGAGCAUGCUGCUGGAUCUUAACAAAGAAAUCAUGAAUGAGCUGGGCGUGACUGUGGUGGGCGACAUCAUUGCCAUCCUGAAGCAUGCCAAGGUGGUACACCGCCAGGACAUGUGCAAAGCUGCUACUGAGUCCGUGCCCUGCAGCCCUAGCCCCCUCCCAGGCGAGAUUCGCCGAGGCACCCCUAGUGCCGCCUCCCGAAUGAUCGCCAACAGCUUGAACCGAGACUCCCCACCUGGAACUCCCCCGAGGCGGCCAGACACCAGUACCUCCAAGAUCUCCGUCACCGUGUCCAAUAAGAUGGCAGCAAAGAGUGCCAAGGCCGCUGCUGCCCUGGCCCGCCGGGAAGAGGAGAGCCUGACUGUUCCCACCAAGCGCCGCAGGGUCACUGCUGAGAUGGAGGGGAAAUACAUCAUCAACAUGCCCAAGGGCACCACCCCCCGGACCCGCAAGAUCCUUGAGCAACAGCAGGCAGCGAAAGGUCUCCACAGGACGUCUGUGUUCGACCGCCUCGGUGCCGAGACCAAGGCAGACACCACGACGGGCAAUAAACCCACGGGAGUCUUCAGCCGACUGGGGGCUACCCCAGAGAUGGAUGAGGAUCUGGCCUGGGACAGCGACAACGACAGCAGCAGCUCUGUCCUACAGUAUGCCGGGGUCCUGAAGAAGCUAGGCCCGGGCCCAACCAAGGCCAGUCCCCAGCCGGUGCUGACUGUCAAAGCCAAGGCCACAAGCUCAGCGAUGACGGCCGGCACCCCUACAUUGCGGCGCCUGGCCCUUCCCUCCCGCCCAGGGUCCCUGUCCAAAGUCAGCAUCAUCCAGAGACUGGGCAAGGCUGUCCCUGUGCCCGAGGCCCAGGACAGCCAGGUCACAAGCACCAAGAGUAAGUCAUCAGCCGAGGUCAAGGUCACCAUUAAGAGGACUCUGGGGCCCCGGGGAAGCAGCUCCAGCGAGGGCCUGGGUGCCCAGAUGGACCAUGCAGGCACUGUGAGCGUGUUCAAAAGACUGGGCCGCAGGACCUUCUAG